UUUAGGCAGCUCCUAUUGUUUCUGUUGCCCCUUCAAGCUAAAACAGAAAGAAGAGAAAGAGUCAAGCGGCGAGCAAUGGCGACAUCGCUUGUAAGAUCGGGUUUUCUUCGAACGGCCCUACGUGGAGGCGCUCGUGGCUCCCAGGCUCCCAAGCGAAACUUUUCUUCGGCUGGUCAUCACGAUGAUGCUUACGAGACGGCCAAAUGGGAGAAGAUUACAUAUCUAGGCAUUGUCAGUUGCUCUGCUUUGGCCAUUUAUAAUCUAUCAAAGGGCCACCCACACACAGAAGAACCUCCUGCUUACCCAUAUUUACAUAUCCGCAAUAAGGAAUUCCCAUGGGGUCCCGAUGGGCUAUUCGAAACUAAGAACCACCACUAAGAGAGUAUUAGUGGUUUAAUGAAGGUGUUUGUGGCACCGGGGGCAUUUCUUUCGUCGAUGUUCAAGAAAUAGUGAUUGACUAUUGCGGUUUUCGAAAUGUGAUCUACAACUUGCACUUGACAACAUUUGUUUGCCAUGUUUUUAUUUUGUGUUGUUUUUUAUGGUUGAAACAAAAUAAAAUUGCCAAACAAAAUUAUGCUUUUCAUAUCGAUUCUUGGUUCAAUAAAUUUUGAAAGAAAUCGAUCGUCAGGCCGCAGGUUUAUAUUAUGUU